GUCCCGGCUCCGGGCCCAGUCCGUCUCCCUCUGUCCUCACUGUCAUCCAGACAAAAUGAGUAAACAUUAAUCCCAGGAGAUUGAUAGAAUUGUAGAUUGGCAGUAUAUUAUGUAAUGGCCUGGUAGGUAUUCAAUGGUGGAAGCCUCGCUAAAAUCUCCUGAACUGAAAGUUUGACAACUUGAAGUAUGGCUUGAUGAGGCCAGUUUAUUUGGUCUCUGUGCUGUAUUUUGCCAGGAGUGCUGAAUUGUCAGGGGUUCGUUCGGAGACUAUUUCUGUACCACAGCAACUAACUUCAUUACAGCUGUGGCAGGAAAUUGUUAAGAGACAUCCAAGGCUUGGUACCAUAAGGGAUCACAUCAUUCUUGCUGUUCGUCAGGAAUACAUCAUCUUGGGAGAUCAGCUUUUGUUCCUCCAGCCAGGCGACGAGAUCGCAGUCAUCCCCCCGAUUAGUGGGGGCUAG